AUGAAAAUUAACUUUGAAUUGACUCCUAAUAAUUGUGUUACUUUUUAUGAGAGAUAAUAAAAACAAUUAAUAGACUAUUGUAUAUCAGAUGAUUAAACUAAUAUUUUUGCUAUAUAUCAUCCAAGAAAUAUUAUUGGAUGGAGAACAAAAGAUCUUUAUAAAUUUUACAAUAUAACAUCUACAUUAAAUGAAUUAUCUCUUAUAUGCAUAAAAAAUAACUAUAUUUGUGUUGCUAGUUUUAAAUCAUCUACUGUAAUAGUCAUGAAUAUUAAAUAAGAAAAAGAAAUAAUUAAUUUAAGGCAUAGAAAUUCCAAUAUGAAAUAUAUUACCUUUAGUAAAAAUUCUAAAUAUUUAUUUACUAUAAAUUCAGAAAAAAUAUUAACAAUUUGGAAUUUCAAUAGAGAAGAGUAAUUGAGUCAAAUAAAUUUAGAAUAAAAUUUCAAAUAUUUUGUAAUCAAUCAACUUUCAUUAAUAACAACUAUUAAAUUGUAUAAUAAAAAUUAAAGAAUUAGAAAAAGAUUAAAUUAAGAUUAAAUAAAAGAUUAAAAAAUUAAACAUUUAUAGAUUAGUUUAUGUGAUCAUUUGUGUUUAGAAAUAGUUAAAAACUUUUAGAUUAAUGUAAUUUCUUUGCAUACAUAGAAACUAAUUAGGAAAAAGUAAAAUCUGAUGGGACUAUCUUGUAUAAAUUUUAUAAACAAUAAUAAAUUUUUCUAUAUUAUAUUUGAAAAUGGUAAUAUACUUUUAUUUCAAACAUCUACUAUGAGAAUAUUAGGUAUUAUUACAAAUAUUUAUAAUUACACUAAUAUUAUAGUGUCUUGUUUUAAUAAUAAAAUAGCAAUUUUGGCAAAUAAUUUAUUUGGUUUGAAACUAUGGAUAGUACAAUGA